CAGGUUCCACUAUUCUUACCACAAAGCAAACUCUCUCUCUCUCUCUCUGUGAUAAGACACUAUACAUUCAUCGUCAAAAAAUAGUUGAGUUCCUCCCCUUUUUUGGAAAGAAAAUCUCUCUAUCCAAUUCUCAGGGAACAUUUUCAGAAAACAUAGCAACAAAAGUCUAACAUCACAGCCUUUCAAGGUUUCUAGUAUUGCUCAAACAAAGCAACCCCAAAGAAGAAAAGAGUGUUGAGUGGAAUCCUUUCUUUCUUCUUCUGUUAAAUCUCAUCAUCCCCACAUCAUAUCCUAAACAUCAGAAUUCUCCUCCCCAUCACCUCUCUCUCUCUCUCUCUCAAAAUGAAUAUUAUGUAAAGGUAGAACCAGUAGUCCAAAUUUUUCUCUGAAGAUUACAGUCUUUAUCUACAGUGACAAACCUGCAAAAGAACACCCAUCCUCGGCUGACAGCUGCAAAGAGUUUAACAAAGUGUUUGUGAUCUCUUCAACUGGACUAAAGAAGAAGAAGAAGAAAGGGCAGGAUCAGCUGGACUUCCAUGGAUGCAAUUCCAGCAACAGCAGAGAGCUCCAACUCAGAGAAUAACAUAGCCAACACCUCGGCUACAGCAAUCUCUUCCUCCUCUUCUUCCUCAGCUCCAGUCUCUCCAAGCAGAUAUGAAAACCAGAAGCGUCGAGACUGGAACACUUUUGGGCAAUACCUAAGGAAUCAUAGACCACCACUCUCACUAGCCCGGUGCAGUGGUGCCCAUGUCCUUGAAUUCCUCCGAUACCUAGACCAAUUCGGCAAGACCAAAGUCCACACCCAAAUCUGCCCUUUCUUUGGCCAUCCUAACCCACCAGCUCCCUGUCCAUGCCCUCUUCGACAAGCCUGGGGAAGCCUAGAUGCCCUCAUCGGUCGUCUCCGAGCUGCCUUUGAAGAGAACGGUGGGAAACCAGAAGCCAACCCAUUUGGUGCUCGAGCUGUUAGGCUUUACUUAAGGGAGGUUCGUGAGUUGCAGGCUAAGGCAAGGGGGAUUAGCUAUGAGAAAAAGAAGCGAAAGCGGCCCCCACAACAGCAGCAGCAGCCCCCCCACCAAUUGGCACCUCCACAACCAGGAACUUCAUAAUCCAAAAAUUAUUACAUGAUGUGACGAUAUGUGGUGAAGAAGAAUUCUGCAAUUUUUAGCCCUCCCAAGUUGUGCUUGUUUCUUUGGCAAUAUGGGUACCUUCCAUGAUCUUUCAUUUCAAAAAGGGAAACUUAUUUAAAUCUAUAUAGAGGUGGUUCAACAUAAACUCCUUGUGUUUGGAUUUGUGGACACCUUUGAAAUUGCUUCUGUUGCAAACAGCAUCCAUGGUACUAGUAGUAUCAGUGAUUUCUGUAGUAGUAGUAAUAGUAAUAGUAGUAAUAGUUGUUGUGGUAGUAGUAGCAGUAAUAGUAGAAGUGUAGUAGUGAGUGUACUACUACUCUUAUGUUCUAUGUGAUUGAGCAUCCAUAGUUGCUCUUAUCUUUGUACUUGAUGACUCCUAUAUCUUCCAAGUAAUAUAUUUUCUUCUCUUUUAUAAA